GAAUGAUUCAAUUUCGAGGUGGUAACGUGGCUCUGUCUCUCUAAUGUCCUAGCCGUUGCGUCAUAGUAUCCGAGCCUCCAACGGCCAAAUCCCACCUCCUAUAUAAUAUCAAAUCUUUUUCUCUCUUCAAAGCAAAGGUUUUUUAACAUAGAUUGAUUAGAUUCUAUCAACCCAAAAAUGGCCUCCACUAAGCUGAGAAGCUCAUGCUCUUUCCCAAAUCUUCUUCUCUCAUGCUUAAAUUUUACUCUGUUUAUCCUCUGCUCAGCCUCUCUAGCUCCCAUUAUUCUCCUUAGAAUGCCACCAACUUCACUAGGCUUCGCAUUACUAACAGUUUCUAGCAUCUCCCUUCUCUGCUCGUUUGUGGGAUUCUACUCUCAGCUGAGCCAUUUCUGUUUCGUAACCCACAUUUCACUUCACUUUGCCUCUUUGAUUGGACAAGUACUAAGCAUAUUGCUGUUAUUUACGAGAGAAAAAUCAAGCCUUUCAAUGAUCAAGUCCCCAAGAGAUCCCAAAGAGGCAAAGCUUUUAGUGAGAGUGGAAUGUGGGGCUUUAAUGGCAAUGUUUAUUCUGCAGGUAAUGGCGUUGGCAUUGAGCUGCGCAGUGCACAGCUGCUGGGUAAGAGAUUAUGAAGGUCUGGAGGCAGAGAGAGAGGCUGCAGACGAAAAGCGAAGCAGAAGGAUUGCAAGAGUGCAAGAGGAAUCCAUGGCAAAUGCAGCCAAAAUUGCAGAGAUAAAAGCCAAGGAAUUUGAUGAGAAGAUUAAGAACAAAUAUGGGCAAUGGGUGAAAACUGAUUUUGAAGGAUAAAAACAUAAAUGAGACAUUGUUGCCAAGUGAUAGAUGUUUGUGUUGUGUGUGUUUCUUCUUCUUCUCUUCAUAUUUUUUGGGUCACUGCUGUGGUGGCCACUGUAGCAGUGGAUGCUAUUUUGUGAGUGUUUUUAUAUUUAUGAAUAUGAUUAGGUUUAUUCA